UAAUAAAAAAUAUUAUUUUAUUCGAUAAAAAUGUUAAAAGCACUCUUCAUUCAAUGCUUAUAGUGUUGCAACUAUAGAUUUACUAUGUUUUUGUGACGGAAGAACCGUGCUCACGAUCGGUUCUUCCAGAAAAAUGAACUGAUAUUCACUCAGUUCAUUCAAAUGAAUCGAUUUGCUCACCUCUACUAUCGAUGAACCGAUGCUAGUAUGAGGAGCAGAGAGGGGGCAUGCAACUGGACGAAAUCGGGCGACGGGAAUGAGUGCCUGGGUGGUGUGCAUUGGUAUAGACUGUUCAAUGGCUUUUCUGGGUUGUUUAAGCACGAUGAACGCGCUCGACACUAUCAGUACGGCGUCAACGGUCGAGCUGACAGUUACUUGCUGACAGUUACUUGAUCUUGCUUUCGCUGAAGAAUCAUUCGACUCUGAAUUUCUGAAAUUAAGAUUUACGAGUGUUUCAUUUAAAGUUGCACAUUCUCAUUCUGAAAACUAACACUAAAGUGUUCGAGAGUGCUAACGUGCAUCGGAUACCUAUCUAUCACGACAUUACCGCGCAAACGUAAGGGUGCACUUCCGCUUCAACAAUUUGACAAUCCCUGUUUACCAACUCCAGUGCAUCGAAUUUCUUUUCGUUUCUGUAAACUUGAAUAUGGAGGAACCGGCGAAUAACGGUGCUAAAGGAAAUUUUCCGAUGCACGGACAUGCCUAUCAUCUGCGUUUGGCGCUAGUGUUACUGCUUCAGGCGUUCAACCUGCGCAAGAUGAAAGCAAUAGCAGAUUUCAAAAUCAAAAUGGAAGAUAAAGAGGCAGGCAAGUUUGAUGACGUCGUGUUUCGCUAUUCCUUGCCAUCGACAGCCAGAGAUUUCGCCUCAUUAUACAUUCAGGCAAAACAUAAGCGACCCAUGAACGGAAUCAAACAAACGUUGAGCCAAGAGGCAUUCCUGGCGAAAUGGAACUCAAAGGCCCAAUUUUCAAUCGUUAAGUACUUUGUUUCAUGCUGCGAAAGAGCGAUGCAACGUUCCGAUACCUACAUUUUGUGCACCAACGUAAAUAUCAACGAGCAAGUGAAGAAAUAUUUUGUAACACAUGUACCGAAUCCCGACGAUAUGUUAUCAUUUUGCAACCUAAUAGGUGCACAGUGUUACACCCUCAAUGGCAAUUUUGCAGCUCUCUUUGCAUCCCUCAGAAACGGUAGUUUGGAAAAAUUAGGACAGAUGAUGGCCGAUUAUGUUAAAAAAAGCACACCAGUGACAGCUAGCGAUCCCAUAUUCAAAAUGUACGUUGACUUGCUGCAUAAGUGCGUGGAACCAAAGGCAGCAGGCACAUUUAAAUUCAGUCAAGAUUUUAUAACUGCAACCGAAUCGUCCCCUUUUGUACCGAUACGAAACAGUUUUGAGGAUAUGGCAAAACGUGAUGGCAAAGUGAAUUGGCAAGAGGUCGAAAUUAAGAUCGAUGAUUCAUUUUUCGAAUCCGUUUCGCACGAGGGCUCAUACUAUGCAUCGAUUGAUGCAGCAAUUGAACAAUUUUGUCGACAAUUCAUGCUGGUAUGUGGAUCCAUCAAUCAAACAGAACUGCACCAAAGCAUUAUGCAUCUGAUGCCGAAAUGGGUGAGCAAUCGUGAGGCAAUGUACAACAACCUGCAUAAUAUGCUGUUUGGCGGUUUAGUAGUGUCGGAGGAGAAAAGUUUUCACGACCUGAAGCAGCACUUUAUAGAAAAGAAUAUAAAUGCCAAUUUUGCCAAGGUUCAAAAGUUUACAAAGCAACACGUUCAACUGUUGCGUGAUAAAUAUCACUACAUUAACGUGGAGCCAGAUUCCUUAACUGACACUGAAUUCGAUGAGUUCAUCACAGGCGCAACGUACGUUUAUCGAUAUCGUUGCACCACAAACAUGAAGUUGAACUCCUUCAUUGUAGCACAUACCUUAAGGAUGCAUCAGUAUCAAUGUUUAUAUGUGGAUAUUGCCUCACUAAAAUUUAAAACAGACAUCUUUGAUUUCUUGUGUGUACUGAUGGAAUUCAUUGUUGCCGUGGAUCUCGCCACUGAAUACAUCAUAACGAUACUUGGUCAGCUGGAAAGUGACAUACUUAGACAAAUCAAGAAACACGCAAAAUCUUUGGCGUUGAAAAUAGUCGUUAUAGAAGCACCAGCCCAGCAGGACGUGUCGGAAGAUCGCUUAUUUGUUCGUGAUCUUAUCGUCGAAUCAACGAAGCAGUUGUUUCGCCAGCACAACAACCUUAAGCUUUAUGAAACAACGGUAGCGUUGGACGAAAUUGUUAACGGUGAUGAUAGUUUGGGCUUGUUAUUUAAUGUGUUGGAUAAAUGUUGCGAAUCUAAAACGAUGGAACGAGAAAACCUGAACAGGAAGAACUUUGACAAAAUUAGGCCUUGGUUUAUUCCACGCUCCUGUGUACCAUGCACAGGCAAAAGCCUUCCGUCUGAACAGUUACUAACUGAACAGGAGCUCACUGAUUCAUUGCUAAGGUCUACUCUAUCGCUGAGCAAUGCAGAGGCAACCUAUCAUCAUGCUUUAAAAUAUGAAGACAACGUUAAGGUGGAUAUCUUUAUGGACGAAUCAGGGUACGGAAAGUCAACCUAUUUUACGUGGUUGGCAUUUGCUUUAUCGAACCAUGAUUCCUCGUUCUAUGUCUUUCGAAUGAAUGCUUUGCAAUAUUCCGCUGACUUUCGCGAACUGCAAGCGCAAGACCCUUCAACCUUCGACGACACAAAGGUAAUAAAGGUCCUGUACCGUCUUCUGCAUCUUACCUUGUUCUUGACUAACAAUUCCUCUGCGUCGGUUAAACAAACAAAUAGGGAGAGACAGAAAGCUGAUCGAUUUGCGCAAUGUUUGAUGGUAUCGGGGGGCAAAAUAAUCGUUGACAAGACAAUGUUUGCAACGUUUGAAAUGUCCUUAGACGAGCUGCUGCAAUUGCGAUUGUUUCAGUACAAGUUCAACCAGAAUCAAAUUGUUUGUUUAUUGGACGGGUUCGAUGAGAUAGCACCGCAUUAUAAAGAUUUUGUCAAGAAAUAUUUUGCCAAACUAACCAACUUGGAAGGCAUUCGAAAAAUGUACAUCUCAACUAGACCGUACAACUUCAGAGACGAAUUGAAACAAAUGUUUUCGAACUGUAAUAUGUGGCGACUGGAACCGUUUUCUCAAAACGAUCGGAUACGGUUUUUGAUCAAUUAUCUAGUGCAUGCACCGGAGGGCUUCAAAAUAAGCAACGAGGAGCUAAGCAUUAAAUUUGUGAGAACCAUGUACACGCGCACUAUCGCCAGUAUACAGGAGCUGAAAAUUAUACCUCUCUUUCUGCACAUGGCUGUCAAGAUUUCACUUUCAAAAAUGACAAACGUCCACAACGUCACACAGCAAGAACUAUCUGCCAAACAUAUGGAAGAUACCAAGUUGGAUCAGUUACAAGUCAUCAGCGUUUUUGUGGAAGAAAAGCUGAAAAUAUUAAACCACGAAAAAGCAGGAACUACACACUCGGCAUCAGAUUAUCCUGUGCAAAGGAUGAAAACUGACGAAGCAAACAAACUGAUAGAAAAACGGCAUCAACUUUUGGCCCUUUUUGUUAUAUUCCCGAAGAAGGAUUUUACUAAAAUGUUGUCCUAUGAGGAUCAACAACAGGCGAGGGAAGUUUUGCAAGACGUAGCUAAGGGCAAUGAGAAGACUGGCAUCAUUCACGAUAUCCGGGACGGUAUUCCUCGGUUUACGCAUCGAAUAUUUGCUGAGUACUUUGCGGCCUGCUGGUUGUGCGAGAAAAAAAGUACUAUCAACGAUGAGAGUUUUUUCCGUUCGUGGUCAUAUUGGUCUACCGAACUGUUUCGAGUCCGAGACUUCUUGAAUCGAAUGAUUGCACGCGAUAGUGAACAAAGUGAUAUUCACAUGGCUGUGAUCAAUCAAUCAGAACAACAGGUACGUGAUAUACUUUUGCAGCAUCCUUCAGCUGCAUUCGCGAAGGAUCCUGUUGGUCGAUUACCACUCCACUUGGCAGUGAUCUAUCCAUCAAGAGCUAUUGAAGACUUUUUGACAAGCAAAGUGGCCCCACAGUUGAUUAAUAUGAAAGAUGAUCUCUUUCAAUGGGCUCCACUGGACUAUGCAUUUGCAAUGAGAUGUGAUAAUUCCAUCAAAAGUCUUCUAGCUGCCGGAGCGGCAGUGAAUGAAGACAUCCUGCUACAACAGAUACUUUCUAACAACCUUAAACAAUUGUUGAUAAAUGCACAUGAUUACGGCGUUUGGUUGCAGACGCAUGAAGGUUCUACUACCAAUGCUCGUAAGCUACACUUCCAUCUAGUGCAGAGUUUGAUCAACGAAAGACAACUUGACGUUUUCUCCAUUCAAAAGGAGCUUGAAUCAUCAACAGUUGUAGAGUUCUGUGCGAAACGUAACAUGAUUGGGAUAUUUAAACAACUAGUAUCCCAAAUGAACAUUCGAGCGAAAAUAUUGCAAGAACAAUCCAAAAACUUAGUACAACUAGCAUCUCAACACAAUGCACAAGAUGUAGUAGCAUACCUCAAAGAACAAUGCAAUGUCCCUCUUCUACAAACGAAUGACUGCGUCGAACUCAUUUCAGCCAUUAAGUCUUCCAUCAAGAAAAACCAAAUGAAUCCAUUCAAGGUUAUUUUCCAGCAACUGUGCUUACAGCUCAAUAUCCUUUUGGUUGAGGACGCAGAAAUUGCUGAAGAAAUGUAUACAUCAGAUGAUGAAACCUUACCGGAAUGGGACAAAGAUAAGGUUCCAAAGGUUUGUUGCGUGCGUAACUCUGAUAACGUUCUACUGUCGUUACCCGAGUACGACAAAAAAGACAUCCUACACGAAGGCUACCUUAUCGAAGCUCUUCUCGCUACAGCUGUUCACGAGGGUAACAUGCAGAUCCUUAAAUACAUUGUUCAGAAGACUAACAAGACCAUUACUAACAAUCUCAUUGUUAUGAUCAUGAGAUUGUUACCGAAGGAAGAUGACGUUUGUCAUGAGAAGUCAAUACCUGCAUUUACAUAUCUUUUGGACAAAACAACUGAUCGGGACAGCAUUGACGACGAGGGCCGUAAUCUGCUCCAUAUGACGGCUCAAAACGGUUGUUUCUUCAUGCUGCAUUGUUUGAUCGGCAAAGGAUUUGAUCCGGCGAUAGUUAACAAAAAAAACGAAUGGAACGUGUUUCACUAUGUGGCUUUCAAUCAGGAUGAAGAUCGCACGGACAAAAUAUUGGACUCUCUUUUGAAACAUGGCACUAUGAAUUGGUUUGAUCAUUUGGACCGCUUGAUUUAUUCGAAUGCCUCUGAGACAAGCGAAGACAAUCCUAUUGAUACAGUUUCUGAUCAAAUCCCUCAUAAUUUAAACGAUAUUUCUAAACAGGAACAUACUUUGUUAGCUAUGUUUGCCAUAUUCAAGAAGGAGGACUUAGCCAAUUUGAUGUCCGACCAGGAAUUUAGAGAAGCUAUGCAAUGCAUGCGGGAUAUAACACAGGGCCGUAAGAAAUCUAACAUCAUAACAGGAAUUAAAGGGUUUAGCCCUCAGUUCACUUAUCGAAUAUUUGCUGAGUAUUUUGCUGCGUCAUGGAUACACCACAACAAGCAUCGCAUGAAAAGUGAAAAUUUUUUCCGAUCGUGGACGUAUUGGAAUGGAAGAGUGCAGCGAACUCGUAAUUUCCUCAAUCGAGUGAUUGCACUCAACACUUGCGAUAGUGAACAAAGUGAUAUCCACAUGGCUGUAAUCAAUCAAUCAGUGCAACAGGUUCGUGAUAUACUUUUGAAGCAUCCUUCAGCUGCAUUCACGAAAGAUGCUGUUGGUCGAUUACCGCUUCAUUUGGCGGUGAUCUAUCCAUCAAGAGCUAUUGAAGAUUUUUUGACAAGCAAAAUGCCCCUGCAGUCAAUAAAUAUGGAAGACGAUCUUCUUCAAUGGACACCCUUAGAAUACGCAUUUGCCAUGAACUAUUAUACAACGACCAAAACUCUUCUAGCUGCCGGAGCGGCAGUGAACGAGAACACUUUGCGACAGCAGAUACUAUCAAACAGCUUAAGGGUUUCGUUGUUUGAUGCACAUGAAUGCGGAGAACAGCUACGCUCACACGAACACUCAAAAGGAAUUGCAGUUCAACUACACAAUCGAUUCGUAGAAUAUUUGCUCAAAGAAAGACAACUUGACAUCUUCCAGCGUUCUGAGGAACUGGACUCUUUAACUGUUCUUGAAUUUUGCAUACAAAAAAAUAUGGUCAGUUUAGUGAAACAAUUUGUAUCUCAAAUGAAUAUCGAAAGGAAAAUUGCAAGUGAUCCAUCGAACCAACUGUUGCAAAUGGCAUUGGAAAGCAAAGCGCAUGAUAUAGUUGAAUAUUUCGUAGAUGAGUGCAAUAUGGAGCUACCGCAAAUGAAUGAUGAUAUAGAACUCAUUUUAGCCAUUAAGUCUUUCAUCAAGAAAAACCAAAUGAGCUCAUUCAAAGAUAUCUUUCCACAAUUAUGCUCACAACUAAACAUUCAUCUGGUUGAGGACGCAGAAAUUGCUGAAGAAAUGUAUACAUCAGAUGAUGAAACCUUACCGGAAUGGGACAAAGAUAAGGUUCCAAAGGUUUGUUGCGUGCGUAACUCUGAUAACGUUCUACUGUCGUUACCCGAGUACGACAAAAAAGACAUCCUACACGAAGGCUACGUUAUCGAAGCUCUUCUCGCUACAGCUGUUCACGAGGGUAACAUGCAGAUCCUUAAAUACAUUGUUCAGAAGACUAACAAGACCAUUACUAACAAUCUCAUUGUUAUGAUCAUGAGAUUGUUACCGAAGGAAGAUGACGUUUGUCAUGAGAAGUCAAUACCUGCAUUUACAUAUCUUUUGGACAAAACAACUGAUCGGGACAGCAUUGACGACGAGGGCCGUAAUCUGCUCCAUAUGACGGCUCAAAACGGUUGUUUCUUCAUGCUGCAUUGUUUGAUCGGCAAAGGAUUUGAUCCGGCGAUAGUUAACAAAAAAAACGAAUGGAACGUGUUUCACUAUGUGGCUUUCAAUCAGGAUGAAGAUCGCACGGACAAAAUAUUAGACUUUCUUUUGAAACGGGGCACUAUGAAUUGGUUUGAUCAUUUGGACCGCUUGAUUGAGUCGAAUGCCUCUGAGACAAGCGAAGACAAUUCUAUUGAUACAGUUUCAGAUCAAAUCCCUCAUAAUUUAAACGAUAUUUCUAAACAAAAACUUACUCUGUUAGCUAUGUUUGCCAUAUUCAAGAAGGAGGACUUAGCCAAUUUGAUGUCCGACCAGGAAUUUAGAGAAGCUAUGCAAUGCAUGCGGGAUAUAACACAGGGCCGUAAGAAAUCUAACAUCAUAACAGGAAUUAAAGGGUUUAGCCCUCAGUUCACUUAUCGAAUAUUUGCUGAGUAUUUUGCUGCGUCAUGGAUACACCACAACAAGCAUCGCAUGAAAAGUGAAAGUUUUUUCCGAUCGUGGACGUAUUGGAAUGGAAGAGUGCAGCGAACUCGUAAUUUCCUCAAUCGAGUGAUUGCACUCAACACUUGCAAUAGUGAACAAAGUGAUAUCCACAUGGCUGUAAUCAAUCAAUCAGUGCAACAGGUUCGUGAUAUACUUUUGAAGCAUCCUUCAGCUGCAUUCACGAAAGAUGCUGUUGGUCGAUUACCGCUUCAUUUGGCGGUGAUCUAUCCAUCAAGAGCUAUUGAAGAUUUUUUGACAAGCAAAAUGCCCCUGCAGUCAAUAAAUAUGGAAGACGAUCUUCUUCAAUGGACACCCUUAGAAUACGCAUUUGCCAUGAACUAUUAUACAACGACCAAAACUCUUCUAGCUGCCGGAGCGGCAGUGAACGAGAACACUUUGCGACAGCAGAUACUAUCAAACAGCUUAAGGGUUUCGUUGUUUGAUGCACAUGAAUGCGGAGAACAGCUACGCUCACACGAACACUCAAAAGGAAUUGCAGUUCAACUACACAAUCGAUUCGUAGAAUAUUUGCUCAAAGAAAGACAACUUGACAUCUUCCAGCGUUCUGAGGAACUGGACUCUUUAACUGUUCUUGAAUUUUGCAUACAAAAAAAUAUGGUCAGUUUAGUGAAACAAUUUGUAUCUCAAAUGAAUAUCGAAAGGAAAAUUGCAAGUGAUCCAUCGAACCAACUGUUGCAAAUGGCAUUGGAAAGCAAAGCGCAUGAUAUAGUUGAAUAUUUCGUAGAUGAGUGCAAUAUGGAGCUACCGCAAAUGAAUGAUGAUAUAGAACUCAUUUUAGCCAUUAAGUCUUUCAUCAAGAAAAACCAAAUGAGCUCAUUCAAAGAUAUCUUUCCACAAUUAUGCUCACAACUAAACAUUCAUCUGGUUGAGGACGCAGAAAUUGCUGAAGAAAUGUAUACAUCAGAUGAUGAAACCUUACCGGAAUGGGACAAAGAUAAGGUUCCAAAGGUUUGUUGCGUGCGUAACUCUGAUAACGUUCUACUGUCGUUACCCGAGUACGACAAAAAAGACAUCCUACACGAAGGCUACCUUAUCGAAGCUCUUCUCGCUACAGCUGUUCACGAGGGUAACAUGCAGAUCCUUAAAUACAUUGUUCAGAAGACUAACAAGACCAUUACUAACAAUCUCAUUGUUAUGAUCAUGAGAUUGUUACCGAAGGAAGAUGACGUUUGUCAUGAGAAGUCAAUACCUGCAUUUACAUAUCUUUUAGACAAAACAACCGAUCGGGACAGCAUUGACGACGAGGGCCGUAAUCUGCUCCAUAUGACGGCUCAAAACGGUUGUUUCUUCAUGCUGCAUUGUUUGAUCGGCAAAGGAUUUGAUCCGGCGAUAGUUAACAAAAAAAACGAAUGGAACGUGUUUCACUAUGUGGCUUUCAAUCAGGAUGAAGAUCGCACGGACAAAAUAUUGGACUUUCUUUUGAAAUGGGGCACUAUGAAUUGGUUUGGUCAUUUGGACCGCUUGAUUGAGUCGAAUGCCUCUGAGACAAGCGAAGACAAUUCUAUUGAUACAGUUUCUGAUCAAAUCCCUCAUAAUUUAAACGAUAUUUCUAAACAGGAACUUACUCUUUUAGCUAUGUUUGCCAUAUUCAAGAAGGAGGACUUAGCCAAUUUGAUGUCCGACCAGGAAUUUAGAGAAGCUAUGCAAUGCAUGCGGGAUAUAACACAGGGCCGUAAGAAAUCUAACAUCAUAACAGGAAUUAAAGGGUUUAGCCCUCAGUUCACUUAUCGAAUAUUUGCUGAGUAUUUUGCUGCGUCAUGGAUACACCACAACAAGCAUCGCAUGAAAAGUGAAAGUUUUUUCCGAUCGUGGACGUAUUGGAAUGGAAGAGUGCAGCGAACUCGUAAUUUCCUCAAUCGAGUGAUUGCACUCAACACUUGCAAUAGUGAACAAAGUGAUAUCCACAUGGCUGUAAUCAAUCAAUCAGUGCAACAGGUUCGUGAUAUACUUUUGAAGCAUCCUUCGGCUGCAUUCACGAAAGAUGCUGUUGGUCGAUUACCGCUUCAUUUGGCGGUGAUCUAUCCAUCAAGAGCUAUUGAAGAUUUUUUGACAAGCAAAAUGCCCCUGCAGUCAAUAAAUAUGGAAGACGAUCUUCUUCAAUGGACACCCUUAGAAUACGCAUUUGCCAUGAACUAUUAUACAACGACCAAAACUCUUCUAGCUGCCGGAGCGGCAGUGAACGAGAACACUUUGCGACAGCAGAUACUAUCAAACAGCUUAAGGGUUUCGUUGUUUGAUGCACAUGAAUGCGGAGAACAGCUACGCUCACACGAACACUCAAAAGGAAUUGCAGUUCAACUACACAAUCGAUUCGUAGAAUAUUUGCUCAAAGAAAGACAACUUGACAUCUUCCAGCGUUCUGAGGAACUGGACUCUUUAACUGUUCUUGAAUUCUGCAUAAAAAAAAAUAUGGUCAGUUUAGUGAAACAAUUUGUAACACAAACCGAUUGUCAAAGAAGGAUUUCAGCUGAUCAAUCAAACCAGUUGGUUCAAAUGGCAUUGGAAAGCAAAGCGCAUGAUACGACGGUAUAUUUCAUAGAUGAAUGUAAAAUGCUCCUACCGAAAGUAAAUGAUAUUGCUAAACUAAUUGAUGUUCUUAAAUCAACAUACGGCACAAUUCACUUCAACUCAUUUAAGGUUAUUUUUCAACAAUUAUGCACCCAACUAAACAUUUGUUUGGCGGAUGAUGAAGACAUUCACGAAGCAACGUACACACCAGAUGAUGAAAGUAAGCCACAGCUAGACAAAGAUGAGGUUCCAAAGGUUUGUUGCGUGCGUAACUCUGGAAACGUUCUACUGUCGUUACCCGAGUACGACAAAAAAGAUAUCCUACACGAAGGCUACCUUAUCGAAGCUCUUCUCGCUAAAGCUGUUCACGAGGGUAACAUGCAGAUCCUUAAAUACAUUGUUCAGAAGACUAACAGGAUCAUUACUAACAAUCUCAUUGUUAUGAUCAUGAGAUUGUUACCAAAGGAAGAUGACGUUUGUCAUGAGAAGUCAAUACCUGCAUUUACAUAUCUUUUAGACAAAACAACUGAUCGGGACAGCAUUGACGACGAGGGCCGUAAUCUGCUCCAUAUGACGGCUCAAAACGGUUGUUUCUUCAUGCUGCAUUGUUUGAUCGGCAAAGGAUUUGAUCCGGCGAUAGUUAACAAAAAAAACGAAUGGAACGUGUUUCACUAUGUGGCUUUCAAUCAGGAUGAAGAUCGCACGGACAAAAUAUUAGACUUUCUUUUGAAACGGGGCACUAUGAAUUGGUUUGAUCAUUUGGACCGCUUGAUUGAGUCGAAUGCCUCUGAGACAAGCGAAGACAAUUCUAUUGAUACAGUUUCAGAUCAAAUCCCUCAUAAUUUAAACGAUAUUUCUAAACAGGAACUUACUCUGUUAGCUAUGUUUGCCAUAUUCAAGAAGGAGGACUUAGCCAAUUUGAUGUCCGACCAGGAAUUUAGAGAAGCUAUGCAAUGCAUGCGGGAUAUAACAAAGGGCCGUAAGAAAUCUAACAUCAUAACAGGAAUUAAAGGGUUUAGCCCUCAGUUCACUUAUCGAAUAUUUGCUGAGUAUUUUGCAGCGUCAUGGAUACACCACAACAAGCAUCGCAUGAAAAGUGAAAGUUUUUUCCGAUCGUGGACGUAUUGGAAUGGAAGAGUGCAGCGAACUCGUAAUUUCCUCAAUCGAGUGAUUGCACUCAACACUUGCGAUAGUGAACAAAGUGAUAUCCACAUGGCUGUAAUCAAUCAAUCAGUGCAACAGGUUCGUGAUAUACUUUUGAAGCAUCCUUCAGCUGCAUUCACGAAAGAUGCUGUUGGUCGAUUACCGCUUCAUUUGGCGGUGAUCUAUCCAUCAAGAGCUAUUGAAGACUUUUUGACAAGCAAAAUGCCCCUGCAGUCAAUAAAUAUGAAAGACGAUCUUCUUCAAUGGACAGCCUUAGAAUACGCAUUCGCAAUGAGAUACGACAACUCGGUCAAAAACUUAUUAGCUGCCGGAGCGGCGGUGUAUGAAGACACCUUGCUCGAACAGUUACUUUCUAACGGUUUGAAAGAUUUGUUGAAAAAUGUACAUGAUUAUGGAAGAUGGUUAGACUCGAAUGGCAGUUCGAAGAAGAUCGCAAUCCAGCUUCAUAAACGAGUAGUCAAACAUUUGAUGGACGAAAAACAACCCGAAGUUUUUGCUGCCAGUAAUGAACUGGAGUCAUUAUCCAUCUUGGAGUUUUGUACGAUACAUAACAUGGAUAAAUUAUUUAAACAACUUGUCUCUCAAACCAGCAUCCGCUGGAUGAUGUCCUUAGAACAAUGUAACCACUUAAGGAAGAUAGCAUUAGAGAACAAAUCGCAUGAUAUAUUCACAUAUCUAAUGGGUACCUUUAAUGACAACUCCAACAACACACAAGCACUGUAUGACAUUUCGGAGCAAAAUACAUGAACUGAACAAAAAAAACCUUCUAGUUAGAGCUUCAAGCGUGCGAUAAGUGCUAUAGACUACGGUAGCUCCUAAUGUUGACACACAUACGGAAAUCAAGAGCUUCACGAAUGUUCUGUUGAGGAAAUAGAGUUGCUUGACGAGAAGUGAGUAACCAUAAUGAGUAGUGCGCGAGUAACACUUACAAAAAGCUAUAAAUAGGGCAAGUUUAGUUAAUAAAAAUCACUUCCAUUCUUUACUUCUUGCAGUGCACCUUCUGUACUUCCAUCAGUUUUUUUUUUGUAUAUAUUCUCCGGUGCAGCAAACGUCCGAAACUUCCGCGAUUGUAUUAACAAUGAAUAUUGUCACCAACGACUAUUGGAAUCCUAUCGUUUGCCUUAGCUGAAAUUUUGUGUGACUCCUUUCAGCUGUAGGCAGCCCGGUGGUAGAUGUGACAGUGAUUCAAAUUUCAUCUGGGCCCCCAUAGCGAGGGGUGACUAUCCAACUAUGCGGUAUCAAUAAGUCUAGUAGGCCAGAAAUGGCAGGAAUGACCUUAGAGGUCGAUAAGUCAAGAAACGAGAAGAAGAUAGCUGAAAUUGAUCAAAUACGGCAUCGGCUUGGCGAUAUUAAAUGGCUUCUCCUGAUGCGAGAUGCCAUAAGGAUUUCACUAAAAGGGGGGGGGGAUUUCGAAUUUUUUCUACCCGCGAAAUCUACCCGCGUUGUUAAGAGUGCAGCAUCCCUGCUA